CGCCGCCGCCUGCCGCUGCCGCGCCGUCUCCGGUCGCCGCGCCCGUUCCGGCGCGUGGAGACAAGCUGCCCGCCGCCCUGAGCGCGCUCAAGUCACCGUGGCUGGCCGGGGCGACCACCCCCGCCGGCGGCGGAGCCCAAGUCCGGCAGCCCGGCGCUCACGGUAACCUGUGUGAAGAACCCCGCCCAGAACAACCCCCCGUCGUCCCUUGUCAUAACGCCGUACUUCCCCAAGGUGACAGCUUUGCCGUUGGUGACAACGUCUCCUAGCAGCUCGCCCAGCGUCAUGGGCGUCGCCGGCGCGCCUCCCGCCUCGAAGCCUUCCUCAGUCGCCCCGGCGGUGACCGUGUCGUGGCCCACGGCCUCGACGAAGGGCGCGCAACCGCUUUCUUCCACCAAGAGCAGCCCAGCGCUGGAGAUUGCGGACGCAGCGGGCGCCAAGGCAGCGCGUUCGAAGGGCGCGCCUCCCGUCGCCCUGUCCGCUCCCAUCUGCUCGUGCGGCACCCCGGCGAAGGUGGCCUCCGACCAUUCGGUCGGGUGGACGAAGGCACCCGCGUCGACGGCGCCCCUGAAGCUCGUGCCGGAAGGAAAAGCGCCUCCCGCCCCGGUGCCCGCGCCGCUGGCGCUCACGUGGCACAAGGACAUCUCCGCGGCGGCGAGAGGCGAGGCGCGCGCGCCCGCUGGAUCGCCUCCCGUGUCCGCGUCCGCUUCCGACGUCGUCGCCGUCUCUGCGCUGGGCGUUCCUACCGCCAAGGCCCCCGCUCCCCCGUCGCUGACUGUCACGCGGCCCAAGGGCGGCGACGGGGCCGUCGUGGCGGCGGUGACGGUGGCGACGAACGCGGGCAAGGUGACGGUGAGUGCCCAGAGACCGAAGACUGCGAUGGCCAGGACUAAGGAAGCGACCAGUAAGUACGCGCGAGAGAGUGAAGUGUUAAAGUCUGAUAGUUCGAAAGUGGAAGUGACGCUAGACAAACAAAACGAGAAAAUGACUCCAAGCCAUGCGGCGGGUCCGACGCCUCCCAGUGCGACGACGACGGUGGCUGUGACGGCGAGCAGUACACCGAUUCUGAUGGCCGAAAGUGGAACAGUUCCCACGGCCUCCCCGGCGUCCUCGGGAACUGCUACACUGACCGUCGCCUCGCCCAACAUCACAGCCACUACAACGUGCGCGACACCGACUGAAAACAAGACCGGAACUUUUAGGAUAUCGUUUAUGCAAGCAGGUCGCCUUAAUCCUCAGUCUCGAUCACAAAGCCACAGUGCGAAGGCCAGGGCGGCGAGACGUUCAUCGGGUGACCUCAGUGACGUGGCGCCACCGCUCGAAGAACCGUCACCCCAUGUGCAGCUUGUCCCCUUUAGUGACAAACGUUCGAGUGAAUUGUUACGCGAGGCGAGUUCGCGGAAAGAAGACGUAGCGUUAGGUGACAAAAUACGUAGAACGUGUGAUAACAGCAGUGCUACAUUAGUUGAGACGAUUCUUUCACAAAAAGAAUCUCAAGGACGUGAGAGUGACUUAGAUAACGUUGUGUCUGUCAAACAGUCUACCUCGAAAUUAGAAAAUGUCAAAUCACAAUUGUCAGCCCCUGUUGCAGAUCGCAUAUCGAGUCCCAGCGAUAAAAUGACUAGUCAAACCCAAGUACCCAUACAAAAUGUGGACAAGGAAUGUACUGUAGGUGCGGUAAAUAAAGACACUGAGUCCAUCGCAAACGUAUCAGGCGCCUCUGUAAGUGUUGUUCCAACGGCUAACGUUGAGGAAAAGAACCAGAAAUUAGUUAUCAGUUGCGAAAAAUCGGAGCUUAGUCAGGGAUCCAGUAAUAUUAGAGAAAAGUCAAUCGAAACUUCUGAUGUAUCGCAUGUGAAGUGUACAGAAAGCGGUAAUUUUCAACCAUUACAUCUUGGUUUACUUGGCGGUAAUGCUCAGGAUUUGAAAGAGUGCACCAGGUUUGAGAAUAACAGUUCAGAUUCUCACAUCAAAGUUUCAGAUCCUUGUAGCACUGAAGGCCAUAAGGAUCGUUCACAUUCUCAGGUUACUUCACCUAACUCAGUAGUUUCUCAAAACAGAGGACCCAAAACUCACGAGAAACAGCGGUUGUGUGAGAGUUCUUCUGAGGGAAAGGAGAUUGAACCCCAUUUUGUAAAACCCACUUCUUCCUGCCGUGCGAGCAUCGAUAGUUUGUCUGAAAAGAAUGGCAUCUCAGGGACAUCGAUCUCGGAAAGAUCCAAUAAAUUACUACCUUGUUCCGAACAAUCCUCAGGUAGACCGCGAAUUAAACAUGAACCUGAAGAGAAUAAAUGGGCUAAAGAUCAUGUAUCUAGUGAUCUUUAUUUAUCAAAGGAUCACCAUACCUCUAGAGAUCACCACCACCAUAAUGAUCACCAUUCCUCUAGAGAUCAUCACUCUGAGCAUCAUUCUUCUCGGGAUCACCACAAUCCUAGUGACCAUCAUUCAUCUAGGGAACAUAAGCACAGAUCUCACCAUAGACACAGUUCUCACCGAAGUAGUAGCUCCCGCGAUUACUCUUCGCACGGCCACCACUCGUCUCGCCACAGCACCACCGGCACAACCCACAGCAGCUACAGCCACGGGUCCCACGGCCAUCACAGCAGAGGCCAUCACGGGAGCCACGGCAACAGCCGCAGUCAUAGUCAGAGCCACGGGCGCAGCGCGGAGCGCAGCCACGGCCACCACAAGCACAGGACGCCGCCGCGCAGCGUCUCGAGCGACGAUCGCCACCCGAAGGCGGAGGGCGGGGAGGGUGGAGCGCCGCGCCCGCAGCAGCACGUGCAGUGCAGCCUCCCGCUGGCACGCGUGUCGGGCAUCUUGGAGAGCUGCCAGUCGCUGGCCAAGGCGUCGGCCAACAAGCGGCGCCUCGAGCAGCGCCUCAGCACCUUGCCCUCGCGCGCCCGCGCCUCUUCGCCCGCCGCCCCCGCACCGGCGCCUCCACCCGCGCCCGCCUCCGGCAGCAGCAGCAGCGGCAAGGCCCACGACGCCGACAGGUCCGGCGUCGAAGGGCUUGGAAAGGUGGCCGACAAACGAUCGCCGGCUGAGUCUAGAACGCGCUCGGUCGAUUCGGUUGCUCAGAAGGAAGGCGACGUGCCUCAUGGCAAGGCAACCGCGGAUGGCAGCGUCCGGGAAGCUGUUAAACGUCUCAGCGUGGACUGUAGCCCCCAGAAGGUCGAGGGCGUACAACAGAGUAAGAGUAAAGACGUAUCUAAAGGUGUUGCGUUGAAGGGCUCGGACACUCAGGGUGUUUCCAACGCUAAGGUUCAGUCUUCUGAGUCAUUACAAAACGAUAAAGCAACGCCACUCAGCGCGAGUGAAAAAAGCACGAAGCUGCCGCAAGACUCUGAAUCUAAGACUGAUGUUGAUAUUAAGCAGGCUUCUGCCUCAAAGAGUGCUCAAGAAGAAAAGACUCAGAACGUCUCUUUCACAUCCAUAAAGUUGCCUUCUGACACGAAUACCAUGACAGUCGCUCUCGUUAAUGCACAUAAAGACAUGAAGGCGCCGCUGGAGAAUCACACUUCAGAAUCUAUAUUACGAGAUGUUGAACAAACCCCCAUCAACGACUCUGACAUUUCUAAAAAGUCACUCUUAGUCAAUGCUCAAAACUCUGUAGAAGUGUCUCCAACGAAGACAGACAUCACCUCCAGCGAAACGUCGUUACCUGGAACUGAAGAUGAAUUAAAGAUAAGCAAAAGUUCUGAUAUUUCCUGUUCUAGUACUCAUAAAGAUGCGGAGGCUUCCAAGGUCAGUCAUAAGAAGUUCCAGGACCCCGCAGCGUUUUCAACAAAGAUAAAUGUAUCGAUCGGGACUCCUCCGACCGUGGCUGUGAAGUCAGAUGUUAGUGAUGUCAGUAAAGACAUUGAUUCUCCUGCCAAUAAACUGGAGGGACAUGACAAGGUUUUGGCAAAGGAACCUGCAUGCGCUGAUCAGAUGAUUCAUGAAAACGAGAAAAUUACUUCUUUGAAGAACGAAAAGAAUGUAGAAAAACACAAAUGUGAAGCCAGUGACUCUGUGCACCUCUCUGAUAACAAUUCUGCCGAUUUACGAUUAUCUGUAGAUAAGGAAAGUAAGGAUCACAUGGAAGGAAAUGAACGUGGGCUAUCGAAUAAUGCCCAAACAUUCGAUGGUGACGUUAGCGCGAAGAGUAGCGAGAAAAAUCUUACUGAAACGGUUGGCGUUAAAGAUAAAGACACUUUGGAAAAAAGAAAUGAAGUUGAGCUUACGACAGAAUCGUCCCGCGAUGCAUCUGUUUCAGAACGAGAACUAGAGCAAGAGUUCCCUGCAGUAAAAGAAUUAGAAACAAAAGACUCCAAGAAGACUGAGGAUGUUGAGGUUCCGGGAAAUAGUAUGAAAGAUCCAGAAACAUCGCCAAAAGAAUUAACCUCAAAGGAAACUGAAUCCGAUUUGAAACGGGCGAUCCAAGAAACAUCAUGUGAAAAUUUGCCAAUGAAGGAAGAUCUAGUGGUCGAAAUGCCAUCAAAAGUGUUGAUAUCAGUACAGGAAGUAUCUGUCAAAGAAUCUUUAGAUGUAAAAGAAUCAGAAAACACUCAUCUAAAACCAACUUGUGAAAAGCAAGUUGAAACGAAAAAGCAAGCCGAAUCUGAACUUGAGGUGCAGCUCAGUAAUGAAAUUCCAACUCCAGAUACAUGUGCAAACUCUCAGGGAGAGCCGAUCGCCGAAAUAUCUGUGAAUAAGUCCAUGAAAGUGACAAUAGAGACUUCGGAGAAAAAUCAACACACAGAUGCUAAAAUCGAGGCAGAGAUUGUAAGUAUAUCUGUAUCGAAAACCUCAACUGAUGAAAAGCAAAACACCGAUGCAAUUCCUGAUAAAUACACUGAAUCAAUCGGGCCAAUACAGAGUGAUAACGACCUAUUGCACAAAGAACUCCCGGAGGCGUCAUCGACGGAAAUGUCUGAGAAAAGCGUGGAAGUUACACCUGCAGAGAAAUUGACCAUAAUUAAAACUAGUGAUGAAUAUUCGGCAGGAUCAAUCUCAGAAGAAAAGACAACGGAGAUAUGUGUUCUGGAAACACCGCCUCUUCCUGAUAUAACUAGAAAGAAGUCCACUGAAGAGAUGUCAGAGAAAUAUUCGGUUGAAGAAAAAUUAGAAAAAUGUUCCACAAACCAGAAGGAUAUAAAAAAGUCACCCAUGAAACACAAAUCACCCGCUAAGGAGGAAAAGCUGCAACACAAAUCUAGAGGUAGAUCACCCAAAAGUACCAAAACGAUAAGAGUAUCUCCCAAAAAAGAAAUUUCUGUGGAAAAGUCUCCCAUAAGUGAUCAUUCAAUGCCACUGACUCCCAAACAGAAGUCAGCGAAGGUCAGUGUAAAGAAAAAUAGAGAAGAAUCAUCUUUGCAAGGUACUUGUAGUUACGAAGAAAAUAUUGUGGAGUUUUCACCCUCAAAAGAAAGCACAUUUAAAAAUGAAGAAACUCUAGAAAAUUCUAAUACAGAUGGGUCUAAAAAGAAAUCUAAUGUAGAGGAAAAGCAUUCAAGAAAAUUGCUGUUUGAAGAAAUUUCGCAAGAGAAGUCAGCAGCAGAAGUAACAGCUCCCAAUAGUGAAUUGCUCGAAGAAAGAGACAUAAGUAUCAGUCCACAAUUAUCCAAUGAAAACCAAGAGAGUUCGAUAGAUAUCGAGGUGCCGGACUCAAAGAAUCUGGCGGCAAGAGAUGAGUUGAUGGACGAUGAAAAACGGUCAAGCCAAACAUUUCCUGUAACGUUAGUUGAAAACAAAGAUGCCUCAGAAAGUCUUUCUCUGGUUGAAGUUUUAAACACGGAUGAAGAUAAAAACGAGGACAGAUCUACCGAACAAAAAAUGGAUGGACUACAAUAUUCUGAAAACGAAACCCCUAAGGAGAAAGACGAAGCGUUUACUUUGAAGGAAAUAGAAAGAACUGAUGUUGAAUCUAAUCUUCCAGACAAAUUGCUUGACCAACGAAAAGAUGCCUUGCUUGAACCUCGUAGAGAAGAAUCAAUUUGUGAAACGGUAGAUGUUAAUACCAUUGAUGUUAAAAAUAAUGAAUUGUUAAAACCCUCUUCAAAAGACGAAGUUGAAACGCACUCUAUGGAAGAAAGUGGUACAACGGAUUUACAGAAACAAAAGAGUUCGGAUGAAAAUACAAAUAAAACAGUUGCCCAGGAGGAUGGCAGUGAUAAUGAAAAGAAAACGGAAAAGUGUUCCGGAAGAGCUGUAAUUGCGAAAAAGUCACCCGUCAAAGGAAAGAAGGAGAAAUGUAAGGAAGAGACCAUCGAGAAAUCGUGUACGGAAGAAAUAGUUGAGAAGGAAAUGGACAAUGACACUCCUUCAGAGUCAGCUGGGCUACAAUCAUCUUCGAAAGAAAUAGUCAUGGAAAAGGCGCGAAAUAAAGAAAAAUCUAAUAAGAAAUCAAAGAAAGAAGAAAGAAAAUUGGAAGAACGCUUGGAACGAAGUGAUGCCCAGAAUUCUGACAAAGAUAAUACUAGAGGUAAAGAAACUAUUGAAAAUGAAAUACCUAGACAAACAUUGUUAUUGAAGGAGGCUAGAGCUGCUAAAUCUGUUGCAAUGGCAAGAAUACUGGACAAAUCCCCUUCAAAAGAUAUGCCUAUUCGAAAUGAAAAAGAUAGUCUGUUCUCAAAACAAAUUAAAGAAAGGGCUUCAGUGGGAUCAGAUAUUAAAAACGCAGAUAUGGACACUUCAGAAGAAAAAUAUCCUGCAAUGAAACUUGAAGAAAAUGUUACAAUCAAUCUGCCAUCCAGUGAAAAAUCAGGAGUAAUCUCUGGUAAAUUGAAAGUGAAGAAGUCUCCUGGCCUUGAAAAGAAAUCGAGAAGUGAGAGAUCGGUAGGGGAGGUAAAACGGCUUUCUAUAGAAGCUUCUGUCGAGACACUCGUGAAAGAAAACACAUCUUCGGAAGAGGAAACGCUCAAGGAAAUUGCGGCGAAAGAUACGUUAAAAAAGAUAGAAAAAGAUGGACUCGUCGGAUCCUCUGACAAUUUCACCGAAAAAACUUAUGAUAGUUCCCCAGUUCAGAAGUGUUUAGAAGAGAGACUUUCUAUUCAAAACGAAAAUGAGGUGCCUUUAAAAUGUACAACAGUCGAAAAACAUAAAAGGAAAGAAGCAUCUUCUGAUAUACCAAACGAUGAGUUACUAGACAAAUCAGAAGAUAUUAGAGAAAAAACAGAAGAAUCAACAGUCGUGCCUUUGGAAGAAGUUCCAAUAUUCAAACAUCGAAGAUCCUUGAGGAACAGGAAAAAAGAUACCUCCGUAGAGAAACAGACUCCAGAAACAAAGAAGACUCCAGAAUUAGAAACAACUGUUGGUAAAAUUGUCCGAAAAAAAGAUAGUAAAAAGGAUCCAUCUUCGAAAGACACAACUGAAAAAUCGUCAGACAGUCCAGAAGCACUCGUAGAAAAAUCUACAGAAGUGAUCACUGAUGAAAAGUCGGUCAUUCAAACUACCAUCAACGAGACCAGUGUUAACAAAACGACGGAAACUGAGAAGGUAACAGGUGAGGAAUCUGGUAAUAAGACUCCAUCUGAAAUCGUUCUAUCCACCGAACAGCCAUCUUCUGAAAAUUUAGAUGGGACGCCUCGAGUUCUGAGAACUCAAGAUUACUUACUGCCUCCGAGCAAUAAGUUCCUCUUCCAGGAAGAACAGGCGCACUUCCUUGAUGUCGGGGACGGCCAGCGUCUCUAUGCCUGCGACAUAUGCGUGGGAGUAUACCAACGGAAGUUCAGUCUCAAGCGCCACUACCUGCGCACGCACAUCAACCGCUAUUAUCUCACGGAACGCGACAUUAACAACUGCGGUAUCACCAAGACAUCUCAGGACACUCCCGACACCACUGGCAACAACGCCGAAAAGAAUGUAGCGGAGACUACUCAAGCCAGGGAGUCUUCGAUUUCUGUUAAGGCUGAUGGCAUUACUGAAAUUCAACCUGUAAAGGAUCCUAGCAAACUAGGAUUGUUCUGUUGUUACCUUUGCAACGAGUAUUACGAUACAAAAAUUGAUCUAAAAAAUCACUUGGAGAACCACCAGCCGACAGUGGUUCCCAAUACGACCGCUACUGACAUAAACAAAUUGUACACCUGUGAGAAGUGCAACUCUGUGUUUACUCAGAAAACUUCGUACGUGCGUCAUUGCGUGGCUGAACACGAUUCGACUUCCCCCGUCCCGUCGCCCGGGCCCAUUUUCACAGACAAAGAGAAAGACGGCAAAAAGAAGUCAUCGGCUCCCUCGUCACCUGCGCAUACCGCAGACAAACCUAAAGAGAGCAAGAAGAAGUCGUCGGCCCCCUCGUCACCCGCGCACACCGCCGAUAAAUCCAAAGAGAGCAAGAGGAAGGGCGCUCCGUCGCCAUCGCCACUCACCACGGCGGCGGACAGAGUGAAGGAGGGCAUCAAGAGGAGAACGGCCUCGUCGUCCCCGGUGGGUCGCUCUGCCUCCCUCGACAAGAAGCACAAGAGGAAGACGUCAUCGGCGUGCCCGUCGCCGGUGCCCGCCCUCGCAAUGGAGAGACUGGACGGCAAGAGGAGGGCCACGGCCUCUCCAGCCCCCGGCCUCCCCGCCGAGGCGGACAAGGCGAAGGACGAGAAGGAAGGGAGGCGGAAUUUGACGCUCGGUCCCUGCGCCGCGCCCGGCUGCCGCCGCCCGCCGUCGGCGACAAAGGAAGGAGCAAGGCGCCAUCUGCCCCGCGGCGCACGGCGGCGGUGGGCGCCGCUGGUGGUGGGCACCCUGUGCCUCUACUGCAACCUGGACUUCGCGUCGCCGUCGGCGCGCCGCCGCCACCAGAGCCGCGUGCACCUCAACCAGAAGAAGCACAAGCGGCCGCAGGAGCGCUGCCAGUUUUGCAACAGCCGCUUCCGCGACCUCAGGGUGCUGCUGGAGCACUGCCUGGCGGAGCACGCGGACGUGUACUUCGCGUGCGGGCCGUGCGAGGAGCGCUUCCAGACGCGGCAGCUGCUGCGCGCGCACGCCAAGGGCCACGAGCUGCGUGACCCCGACGACCGCAAGGACAAGGAGAAGGACAAGGAGCGCGAGCGCGCGCUGGCCUCCAGCUCGUCCAGCAGCCGCAGCCAGAGCCCCUGCUGCCACGCGGAGGCGGCCGUGCGCCCGCCCGCGCGCCCCGCCUCCGCGCCCGGCCCCAGCUGGCUCGCGCGCAGGGACUCGCCGCUGCCGCGCGACGACUUCCUCAUGGACCCCGAGACGCUCUUCUACUCGCGCCUCUCGUGCAACAUCCGGGAGAACCUCUUGCACCAUCUGGUCGGGAAGGUGGAGGACCUGCCGGGGCGGCAGCGGGAGCCGUCGCCGAGCGGCGACGCGAGCUCCGCCCCCGCCCCCGCGCCGGCUUCCGCGCCCGGCGGUUCGCCGCGCCCGCGGACGCCGCCGCGACGCACUGCGCCGCCGCGCCUAGCUGCCGGCGCGGCGCCGCACCGCGCCUUCUGGAGAAGUACCACUUCCCAAGAGCUACAGCGGCGGGCGCGCGGACUCGCUGUCGCCACAUCAAGGACAUGUCGCACCUACGAACUCCUGACGCAGAUCACAUGCGCCAGAACCUGCACCGCAUGA